CAAAAUGACUGCUCAAGUAACACUGGAGGAUGCCUUGUCCAAUGUGGAUCUCUUGGAAGAAUUACCGUUGCCAGAUCAGCAACCGUGUAUUGAACCCCCGCCAUCAUCUCUGCUUUACCAGCCAAACUUCAACACUAAUUUUGAAGACAGAAAUGCAUUUGUCACUGGCAUUGCAAGAUACAUUGAGCAAGCUACAGUCCAUUCUAGCAUGAAUGAAAUGCUAGAAGAGGGUCAGGAAUAUGCAGUCAUGUUAUACACAUGGAGAAGCUGCUCAAGAGCCAUUCCUCAGGUCAAGUGCAACGAGCAGCCUAACAGAGUAGAAAUUUAUGAGAAAACUGUGGAAGUUCUGGAGCCAGAAGUCACAAAACUGAUGAAUUUCAUGUAUUUUCAGAGAAACGCGAUUGAACGAUUUUGUGGGGAGGUGAGACGCUUGUGCCAUGCGGAGAGGAGGAAGGACUUUGUGUCUGAAGCAUAUCUGAUCACGCUGGGCAAAUUCAUCAACAUGUUUGCGGUAUUGGAUGAGCUGAAAAAUAUGAAGUGCAGCGUGAAGAACGACCAUUCAGCCUACAAGCGAGCUGCUCAGUUCCUGCGGAAAAUGGCAGAUCCUCAGUCCAUUCAAGAGUCCCAGAACCUCUCCAUGUUCCUUGCCAACCAUAACAAGAUAACACAAUCUUUACAGCAGCAGUUGGAGGUGAUAGUAGGCUAUGAAGAACUGCUUGCAGAUAUUGUAAAUUUGUGUGUGGACUACUAUGAGAACAAAAUGUAUCUAACGCCCAGUGAGAAACAUAUGCUUUUGAAAGUUAUGGGCUUUGGAUUGUACCUGAUGGAUGGAAGUGUCAGUAACAUCUAUAAGCUGGAUGCAAAGAAAAGGAUAAAUUUAACCAAGAUAGACAAGUUCUUUAAGCAGUUGCAGGUUGUCCCAUUGUUUGGUGAUAUGCAGAUUGAACUUGCAAGAUACAUUAAGACCAGUGCCCAUUAUGAGGAAAAUAAAUCCAGGUGGACAUGCACGUCUUCCAGCAGCAGUCCCCAAUACAAUAUAUGUGAGCAGAUGAUCCAAAUCAGAGAAGACCAUAUGCGUUUCAUAUCAGAACUGGCUCGUUACAGCAACAGUGAGGUGGUGACUGGGUCUGGUCGACAGGAAGCUCAAAAAACAGAUGCAGAGUAUCGGAAGCUCUUUGAUCUCUCUCUCCAAGGUCUGCAGCUUCUCUCCCAGUGGAGUGCACAUGUCAUGGAAGUG